AUGGUCCGUCCAAGGAGAUCGUCCGCUGCCAGCGAAGAGUCGGCUGGCACAGCUCACGACCAGGAAUUAGGGAGUAUGUACGACUACCUCGCGAAGAUUAUAUUACUAGGACCUAGUGGCAGCGGGAAGUCAUGUCUACUGCACCGAUUUGUUAAAGACGAAUGGAGGGUCCUCACAUCGCAAACUAUAGGCGUAGAGUUCGCAAGCAAGAUAAUAAAAGUUGGCACCGGCUCGAGGAGGAAGCGGAUAAAACUCCAACUCUGGGACACUGCAGGCACAGAACGAUUCCGAUCCGUCUCCCGCUCAUACUAUCGGGGCGCCGCUGGCGCAUUACUGGUCUACGAUAUAUCCUCCCACAACACCUUCUCCACCCUCUCCCCCUUUAUGAACGAUGCCCGCGCCCUCGCCUCCCCUAACCUAACCCUGAUCCUGGUGGGCAAUAAACUCGACCUCGCCGAAAACCUAAUCGAUACCUCAUUACCUCCUGCGACACCAUCGAGCGUCAGCAGCAAGAGCUCCUCGUUCCCUGUAAAUGGAGGAGCAUCUGUGAACUCAACAUCCGGAGGGGCGGGCAUGGGUCUAGGGGCGCAGCUACGUGCCACUGUUGCAGAUGGGCGAGAAGUUACCGCGGAAGAGGCGUCGACAUGGGCGUCGUCAAAUAAUAUACCCGUAUCCGUCGAGGUCUCCGCGUUAAGUGGGGAUAAUGUAGAUGAGGUAUUUGCCAGAUUGGCGAGGAUGAUAUUGACAAAGAUCGAACUGGGAGAGAUAGAUCCCGAUGAUCCUAUGAGCGGGAUUCAAUAUGGUGACGGAGGAUGGGGUGGUGACGGAGAUGGAGCGAGUGUGAAGAGUGGGAUGACGAUAGACGAGGGCGGUGCUAGGAGAAGGAGGAAAACGAGGAGUAAAGGUGGGUGGGGUUUGGGAGGGGGGAUGAGAGAAUGGGAAGAGGUUUUUACGCUUAGUGGGAAUAAUAGGAGGAGACGAGGGGGAUGCUGUUGA